UUUGAAAGGUGCGUAUACUGCUUUGUUGCCAAGGGAAGUUGUUGAAAGAUCAAACUUUGCGAAGUUCAUGUUUUGAGCAGAAAAAUUGACCCAGAUCCUUCGUGUCUUCUUGUCAUGCUUCGCAAGUUGGUUAAUUUACAUAGCGUUCGAUCGGUACGGCUAGUCUCAUACUUGUCGGCGAGGCAUUUUGGCAGGAAUUCGCUGUUUACCUUGAGUAAGAGGUUAGAGGCUCCUGCAGAAGCCUCCAACACCUCAACAUAUCUUUCUAACCGGACUUUCGCGCAGUCGCCCUGUUUUCCCAACAAGGCUGUCUUUGAAGAAGUAUGUAGUGAAACAUUAGAUUCCCUCACAGACCACUUUGAAGAACUAAUUGAAAGUACAGAUGUGCUUUCAGGAGCUGAUGUUAACUACAGUGAUGGGGUGCUGACCGUACAAUUUGGUGAUCCGCAUGGAACCUAUGUAAUCAACCGCCAGUCUCCAAAUGAGCAAAUCUGGCUCUCGUCCCCUACAAGUGGACCUAAACGAUAUGACUAUAUAGAGGGUUCAUGGAUCUAUCGACAUGAUGGCGUUAGUCUUCAUGAACUUUUGAGUAAAGAAAUUUCUAUUAUUGUCAAGAAAGAUAUAGACUUUAAACAAUGCAGUCAUAGUGGCAAAAAGUAGGGCAAAAUAAUGACCUUUUUUUUCUAAGAAUUAUUUGUUUGUGUUUUUGUAAAUAUCAUCAUUAUGGUUCUACAUGUUUUCUUGUAGUGAUUGUACCAAGUUUUAUAAUUCAAUAUUUUUAUGCUAGUUUUUCCAGGAAACGGACUCACCAGUCAUUGUAAUAGUUGUUAGUGGUGAGUCAUAUGAACCACACUAUGUACUUAGUUGUGUCAACAAUUAUGUUUUUAAUUUUCACAUGUUGUACCCAGCUUUUAAUUGUGUAAAUGUGAUAGUAACAAUGGAGUAGAAAAUGUCAAAAUUGAUAUUUUAGCAUCAAAUACACUUGCACAUGAGCACA